AUGAAAAUGAAAGAAGAGGAGAUAAAGCGUCUCAAAAAAAUUCUGGGUCAUUUUCUGCCUCCCUAGACCAACCAAAGCACUGGCGAACGCUUCUUCCUUGUGGGAUUCUCCGACUGGCCAUCGCUCCAGCCGCUACUCUUCGCCCUGAUCCUCUUCUGUUACCUCCUUACCCUGGUUGGCAAUUCUACUCUCGUGUUCUUGGUGGUCCGUGAUCCCCGCCUCCACGCGCCUAUGUACUACUUCCUCUGCCACCUCGCCCUGGUGGACGUAUGCUUCACCACCAGCGUUGUUCCGUUGCUGCUGGCCAACCUUUGGGGCUGGGCAAGGGCGCUGUCCCGCGCCGGGUGCAUGACCCAGCUCUACCUCUUCCUGGCACUGGGUUCCACUGAAUGCGUCCUUCUGGCGGUGAUGGCGCUGGACCGCUCGGCCGCCGUGUGCCGUCCGCUACAUUACACAGCCCUGGCCUCGCCCCGCCUCUGCCGAGGGCUGGCGGUUGCCUGCUGGGUGGGUGGGUUCACCAAUUCGCUGGCGCAGACCACACUACUGGCCACCCGACAGUUAUGCGGGCCCGGGCUUGUGGACCAUUUCAUCUGCGAGCUGCCAGCCCUGUUGAAACUGGUCUGCGGGGGCGGGGGAACCGUGGAGCGGCAGAUGUUUGCUGCUCGGGUAGUUAUACUGCUGGUGCCCUCCGCUGUCAUCCUGGUCUCCUAUGGGGCUGUGGGCCAGGCGGUGUGGAAGAUGAAAUCCCAGACAGGGAGGAGAAAAGCAAUGGGGACCUGUGGUUCCCAUCUCACGGCUGUCUGUUUAUUUUAUGGUUCUGCCAUCUACACAUACCUGCAGCCCACACACAGUUACUCCCAGGGGCAGGGCAAGUUCGUCUCCCUGUUCUACACUGUGGUCACUCCUGCCCUUAACCCACUCAUUUACACCCUGAGGAACAAGGAGGUGAAGGGGGCUGCAAAAAGGCUUUUAGGGAGAGCUUCUCUUCUCAACCAAAGGGUCACAUUAUUUGUCAGUGGGCCAGUCCAUCACUCUGAGUCCUCAUGGAUUGGGGAGUGGUGA